AUGGAUGCGUUUAAUAUUUCCCCAGCUAUUUGUUGGUUCUUAUACAACCUAGCCUGUCAUCCUAAAUAUCAGGAUAAAUGUCGUGGAGAAGUCAAAGAAGUUAUGCAAGGUCGAAAAGACGUUCAACUGUUUGAUAUUGGAAACAUGACAUAUCUUACAAUGUGCUUGAAAGAAAGCAUGAGGUUGCAUUCACCUAUACCGUUUAUUGGACGAAAAGUAAAAAAUCCAAUUAACCUUCACCGACCAGAUAGUAACACUGAGGUUACAUUAUGCCCAGGAGCAACCAUCAUUCCCCAUCUACUUAGUUUACACAGAAAUCCUGACGUGUGGGACGAACCUGGGGUUUACGAUCCUGAAAGGUUUAACACAAAGAAUGCAUCUAGACGUCACCCUUACGCAUAUAUUCCAUUCUCUGCCGGGCCAAGGGUUUGCAUUGGACAAAACUUCGCGCUUGUCGAAAUGAAGCUUACGGUGGCAAAGUUACUUCUGAACUACGAGUUUUAUGUCGACAAAGAUAUCCCCAAACCACAACCGAUUCCAAAUGUAGUUCUGAGGUCGCAAAAUGGACUUCAUGUAAAAUUUAGAAAAAUAUAA